AUGAAUUCACUCGUUACUCAAUAUGCUGCUCCGUUGUUCGAGCGUUAUCCUCAACUUCAUGACUACUUGCCAACUUUAGAACGCCCAUUUUUCAAUAUCUCGUUGUGGGAGCAUUUCGAUGAUAUCGUCACGUGUGUGACCAACGGUAAGUUUGUUCCAAGUGAAUUCCAGUUUAUCCCAGGCGAACUGCCAUUGAGUACAUUGCCUCCUGUGCUAUACACUAUCGCUGCUUAUUACGUGAUUAUUUUCGGCGGUAAGUUUGCAUUGAGUAAGUCGAAACCUUUUAAAUUGAACGGCCUUUUCCAAUUGCAUAAUUUGUUUUUAACUUCUCUUUCAUUGACACUAUUGGUUCUGAUGGUUGAACAAUUAGUGCCAAUUAUUGUUAAGAACGGGUUAUACUUUGCUAUUUGUAAUAUUGGUGCUUGGACUCAACCAAUGGUUACAUUGUAUUACCUGAACUACAUUGUCAAAUUUAUCGAAUUUAUAGACACCUUCUUUUUGGUGCUAAAGCAUAAGAAAUUGACAUUUUUGCAUACUUAUCACCAUGGUGCUACUGCUUUAUUGUGUUACACCCAAUUAAUGGGUACUACUGCUAUCUCAUGGGUCGUCAUUUCGUUGAAUCUUGGUGUUCAUGUCGUUAUGUAUUGGUACUAUUUCUUAGCUGCCAGAGGCAUUAGAGUUUGGUGGAAGGAAUGGGUUACCAGAUUUCAAAUCAUUCAGUUUGUUUUGGAUAUCGGUUUUAUUUAUUUCGCUGUUUACCAGAAAGCCGUCCACUUAUAUUUCCCAGUCCUGCCACAUUGUGGUGAUUGUGUUGGGUCGACUACUGCUACAUUUGCUGGUUGUGCUAUUAUUUCUUCAUACUUGGUGCUAUUCAUUUCAUUCUACGUGAACGUUUACAAGCGUAAAGGUACCAAGACCAGUAGGGUCGUUAAGCGCGCACAUGGUGGUGUUGCUGCCAAAGUUAACGAAUACGUUAACGUUGACCUGAAAAACGUUCCUACUCCAUCACCAUCACCAAAACCUCAACACAGAAGAAGAAAGUAA